AGAUACGGUUGCUAAGGAGGCCACGACUUUGUUGUUCAUGCUUGCUGUAUGUUUCGUGUUGUUUUGUCGGCAGAAAAGAGGUGUAAAACAAUUUAAAGCACGGUUUUGAUGCCAGACUAAGAUCAAACGUAUAUGUAUUAAGGCAAGUAAUACUGUACAGGAUGUCCAGCGAAGAACAUGAGCAGGUACAGUCGACUAAAGAAGAAGGAACAACAGAGGACACAGCAAAACCAAGUGAAGAGAAUGAUGCUGAUGAAAAUUCGCCAGACGGUAAAAAGAAGCUGGAACAACAGUAUAUAGCUGAGAUGAAAAGACUAAAAACAAGCCUUCAGAGAGAGUCAACAAAAAUUAUAAAACCAGAUUUUAAGCCAUAUACACCUUUUAUCUGGAGUAGUUUGGAGCCAUACUAUAAUACUUUCCUUAUGCAAUACAUGGCAGAUAUGCCAGCUGCGGUUCGGCAUGGAUUCGUGACAAGAAAGACAGCCAUUGGCUUAGUAGAUCCAGAAGUGUCCCACUCAAUGGAUGUUGUUGUAGAUCCAGUUCCAAAUUCAGUUCCUUGUUCUCCAAGACCAGAAGUAAAAAAAGUUUUGGUGACAAGAAGCAAUCAAAAGAAAGAGGGCAGCACACAUCUUCCAAAAUGGCCAGUGGUAUCUUACAAACGCCCUGAUGUGGCUAUCAACAAGAGACUUGAUUGGGGAGAUGUACCUUUGUUGAGAAAUGAUCUUGGUACAAAGUACAGCAGUAAUGCGCACGAACGCCGACAGAAGGACUACACACGCACGAAGCAGGAUUGGAGUCGGAUGGAAUUACACAAACUGAAAGAAAUACACGGAGUAAACCGUGAACACAUGCGAAUGACGUGCCAUGCAUACCUUGGCACAUCGCCAGGAUCCAAAAAGGCGGUGGAGGAGCUUGCCCAAGUUUUAGAAUGAAAAUUCUGAAGUUUUUACAAUAAAGACUGAUUUUUUUAGGAAUCAAUUUUGAUAUUUUACUUCACUCUUCCACAACAUGACAGUAUUAUAUCAAUAUCAAUAUUAUAGGUGAUUGUCGGAUAUCAUAAACUUAAGAUACAAUUUUAUAUACUUAAUAAGACUGACUAAUCAUGGUACUGCAGUGAAUCGAAUUGUAAAUUAAAAGAUGUAAAUAAUAUAAAGGUUACGUU